UUGAUAGUUUCGGUCGGCGUGUUUCGCACGUGUGUGCGGACUUUCUCGUGUGAUUUAAGUUUUUCCGCAGUUGAUAUGCCACCGGCACGUAGCUUCGCAAUGCUUCGCGAAGUGCAUUACUGCGUUAGAAUACUUCCCUCAGCGUCGAACAGGGUGAUAGCGCGAAGGAUGUCGUCAUUCGUGUCCAAUGGAGACAAGUCGGACGCGACGGAGUUAGAUGAAGAUCGGAAGUUUCGAAAGCUGGAUCUCUACAGGCCAAAAGAAGCGCCCAAGCAAAAGAGGGCAGAAAUCAAGUAUGAUGUUCCGCAACCACGAAGCGAGCGCAUGCCCGUGGACCAAGACUGGACAAGCGUGUGGCCCACAGCUCAGUCCUUUCGUCCCUCAGUGGUGCCACUUCCGCUGCGCCAGGGCUAUCGCGAGAAGGGGGCACCGCCGGGCAAGUAUGCCAACCUGGAGCUCAUGAAGGUGCCCAACUUCCUUCACCUGACUCCUGCUCACCUCGCCAAGCACGUCAAGGUCCUCCGGCCAUUCUGCACCCCAUGGCCAGCUGGCUUGGAGACGGAUGAAAAAUGUGAGGAGCACUUUCCAGUGGAAGUUAUUGACAGUGACUACUGCCAUGCCAGCCCAUCCAUCAGAGACGCCAGAUCCAGGAUUGUUACACUGAGGGUAAAAUUGUCCGACUUGGAGCUCGACUACCAUGCUAGGGAUAAGCUUCUUCGGUUGGUUGGUGACCGCUACGACGCUGCUACAGACAUCCUCACUAUUGUCACUGACAGGUGUCCGUUGAAGAAGCAGAACUACGACUAUGCCCAUUACCUUCUCACCGCUGUGUACCACGAAUCUUGGAAAACAGAGCCAUGGGAAGCAGACAAGGCCGAGUCUGACAUGGAGUGCUACUUGUGGGAGAAGAGCCGGUCAGAAGCCAAUGCGGUCGGUUUUGUCAAACGUAUGCAGCAGUCACUGGCUGGUCAGGAAGAGAUCACCCUCCCCCACGUUCAGCAUCUGCCGCCAGAUUUCUCAGAUGACGACGUCAAGGGUGUCGCUCAAGUGAAGGACUAUGCAGAGGCCGUGUGUGAGAUUCACAAUGAAGGAGAAAGCCUGCAAUCGUGGGACAAGUACAAGCGCUCCGUGUGUUCGCUGUUAGGCCUAAAGCACAGUGAGCUCAGUCCACUGGCCGGAGAAGUGCAUGCAUCGUGAGCUGUGCGUGUUGGACAUCGCUAUUAGAUGUGGCUGCAAUACUUUUAAGUGGCAUUGUAAAGGAGCUGCACUGUAAAAGAGACUGUGCCCGGUAUCCUAAGUCUGCUCACAAAACUGCGUGAGCAGUGCCAUCACUGUUGUUUGUCACUGUAGAAUAAUAAAAUAUCCUGAGUUGUUAC